AUGAAAGACAGUGCCAAGGAAACCCCAACCGUCAAAGCUCCAGCUCACAGCCAUAGAACUGCACCACAACAAACCAGAGCAACUACAACAACCACAACCACAACAACCACAACCACAACAACCACAACCACAACAACCACAACAACAACAACCGCAACGACAGCAACCACAGCCAAAACAACAAAAGCAACCACAACCACUACAAUUCCAUCCAGCGACGACACCGGUAAACUCCAAGGCGGCACCAACAAAGCUCUCCUACAGCCAGGUUGCCGCCAGAAAACCAGUGGGACGCAAGGCGGACACCAUCGAGAUUGCGCAACUUCCUCCCCAGGAAGAAGUGCAAGAAGUACAACCGGUGACCCUUGCGUCCAAAGUUCUCACAAAGAAGCUGACGGUGAACCCUCAGCCACCACAGCACCACAAGAUUGCUGUCCUGCGAUUCAGUCGCAUGGCAGCAAGAACCAAGGUGAAUGCAACAGAAUGGAGGACGAUUCUCAAGGAGAAAACAGAUCGUCCCGAUCACAAUCCUCUUCCGUACCACAAUACGGUGGAGAUUGUGGUCCCCCUCGAACAGGAACAACAAACGAGGGCUUUCUUUGCAACGGUGGACAGAACACCGGAGGAUCCCAACCCGUACGCGAGACGGGAUGGGGAAGAAGGAGAAGCUCACCGACGAGUCCCCUGCUGAAGCAGAUCAAGACUCGUAUCCAGAUGCUCAAGUUCGAAAGAACGAUGAUCGGAGCAAGGUACAUCCAAGCGACGAUCGAGGCUGGAAUCCAGCUUCUAUCAAAAGGGAAACCGGAGAUAGAAGCCGAACUCCAGAAGGUCAUCAAAGAGAGGAAGAUGAGCACCGUAAAACGUGCAUCACCCUCAAACCAAGGACGACCAGCCAAUGUCACAGUUGCUACAAUAAACGUUCGUCGCUUCAACGACGCAAAGUCCGCGAAAGUGCGAAAGCUUAUCGAAAAGCAUUCUGUCGACUUGGCUAUCCUCACGGAGACGAGUCAGACGGUCCAUAGACCAUUAGUAGGAAAAGGAAAACCAUUCAUGGUUGUUGGACAAGGAGAUGCAAGUUCUGGAGUAGCUGUGGU